AUAUUCUAGUGUGUGUAAGCGCCGAAAUACAAUGUUGAUCUGGAGCAAAGUUUAAAUUUGUGUGACUGUUAGUGUUGACAGAACCGUGAUCAUUCUCGAACGUCUCACACGUUCAAUUGUAACAUUAAUUAAUCUAUUCAAAAUAUAACGUCCAAUAUUUUUAAAUAUAACGUUUAAACUGUAUCAGAGUAUUUGACACAAGUAAAAAAAUGGCCCGACCUUUAAUUACCAUGGAAUAUCUCCGUGACAAAAUUGGCGCAGUUGAUCUUAUAACAUUGGUAGAAUUCUUAAAGAAAAAACAAGUUCAAGACCAUCAUUUAAAAAUUGACGGAACUGUGAAGCUUAUACUACAUCACGGGAUGAAAACGACUGAGAAGGCAAAACUUCAGGAUUUUGAAGUAGAUGAGUUCAAAAGAACCCUUCUUAAUUUUAAAAUGAACGAUUGGAUGACAACUAAUCUGUAUCGAAUAAAUCAUGGUGUAUUACUCGUGGCAUGCGUUGAACAUGUCCUAGACCUCAACAUAGAUAAUGAGAAAUUGAUGAAGAUUUAUCGUUGCGACACACGUUCGGCGGAGAGGUUGUAUAAAAAACUGUUAAGUCUGUGUGGUAUCAAGAAAAAAGGUAAUCUCAAUCCUGACAUAGUUCAAUCGGCUAAAUCUUUUUUUCGAUGCCCUGAGUUUUCAACAAAAGUUGGAUUCUUGGACGAAAUAAGAUCGUAUUUGAAUACCAUUGACAUCAAUGAUGAAGAGAAGAUAUACAUAAGAAAUACAUCGAUUCUAUUGAUUGAUAAUACUGAAACUAUUAACCAUCAUCCAUUACAAAGAAGAAAUGAUACUAAAACUAUUGAUACUCUUCCACCAAAAGAAAAUAAUGAUACUGAAACUAUUAACACUAUUCCAUCACGAAAAAGUAAUGAUACUGAAACUAUUGAUACUGUUCCAUUACAAAUAAGUGAUAAUACUGUAACCAUUAAGACUAAACGAGUGCGAAAAUGUACAAUAAAUCAAGAAUAUUUCCAAAAUAAAUCCAAGGCACAUGUUAUCAUUGAUUUGGUGAAAUAUUUAAAGGAAAAUAAUAUUGAAAAAGAAAAUUUAACGGAAAAAGAAAAAUUAACUGCAAUACUACGCGAGGGAAUGAAAAAAUUCAUCAAAGAUGAACCUUCGAAAAAACAAUUAGAACCUUUUCAAAUAUUUCUCACUUCUAGAAUCGAUAUGUGGAAGGCAGCUAAUCUGUACCGAAUAAAUUAUGGCAUAUUGGCCAUCGCAUGUGUUGAACGUGUCCUAUAUCCUGGAAAAAGUAAUGAAGAAUAUAAAAAGAUUUAUGAUGGCGACUACCAAAAGGUCACUGAAUUAUACAAAGAACUUUGUGAUAUACCAGAAGAAGAUCAACUCGAUCCAGCCAUAGUUAAAUCAGCUGCAUCUUUUUUUCAAUGUACACAGAAAUGUUUAGACUCAAUAAGACCGUAUUUAGAAGAAAUCAAAAUCGAUUAUGAAGAGAUGGAGUAUAUAAAAAAAACUUCGAUUAAAUUAAUUAAAAGUAAUGAGCAUGAACUUUCAACCAAUAUGAUGGAACCAAUCGAGUAUCAUACAAUAAAUGUGCCCGUCAAUAACGAGCAGCCCAAUCCACCUAUGAUCGAGAUUAUACAUCCAAAUAUACCAUCGAUAAAUGUUGACCCUCCUUCAGGGACAUCGAUACCAGAAGACCAGGAAUUAAUUAUAAGUAAUCAAGAUGAACAGUCAACAAAUAUGUUGAAACCAAUCGAGUAUCGAACAAUAAAUGUGCCAAUCAAUAACGAGCAGCCCAAUCCACCUAUGAUCGAGAUUACAUAUCCAGAUAUACCAUCGUUAAAUGUUGACCCUACUUCAUUAGUAUCGAUACCGGUAGACCAGGAAUUAAUUAUAAGUAAUCAAGAUGAACAGUCAACAAAUAUGUUAAAACCAAUCGAGUAUCAUACAAUAAAUGUGCCCAUCAAUAACGAGCAGCCCAAUCAACCUAUGAUCGAGAUUACAUAUCCAGAUAUACCAUCGUUAAAUGUUGACCCUACUUCAUUGGUAUCGAUACCGGCAGACCAGGAAUUAAUUAUAAGUAAUCAAGAUGGACAGUCAACAAAUAUGAAUGAUCCACCCAAGUAUUAUGUAAUAAAUGUGCCUUACGAUGCCGAGCAGCCCCAUCCACCUAUGCCAAAUAUGUCAUCGUUAAAUGUUGACCCUACUUCAUUGGUAUCGAUACCGGUAGACCAGGAAUUAAUUAUGAGUAAUCAAGAUGGACAGUUAAUAAAUAUGAAUGAUCCAAUCGAGUGUUAUACAAUAAAUGUGCCCUACGAUGCCGAGCAGCCCCAUACACCUAUGCCAAAUAUGUCAUCGUUAAAUGUUGACCCUACUUCAUUGGCAUCGAUAUCGGUAGACCAGGAAUUAAUUAUAAGUAAUCAAGAUGGACAGUCAACAAAUAUGAAUGAGCCACCCAAGUAUUAUGUCAUAAAUGUGCCUUACGAUGCCGAGCAGCCCCAUCCACCUAUGCCAAAUAUGUCAUCGUUAAAUGUUGACCCUACUUCAUUGGUAUCGAUACCGGUAGACCAGGAAUUAAUUAUGAGUAAUCAAGAUGAACAGUCAACAAAUAUGAAUGAUCCAAUCGAGGAUCAUUCAAUAAAUGUGCCCAUCAAUAACGAGCAGCCCAAUCCACCUAUGAUCGAGAUUAUACAUCCAAAUAUACCAUCGAUAAUAGUUGACCCUCCUUCAGGGGCAUCGAUACCAGAAGACCAGGAAUUAAUCUUAAGUAAUCAAGAUGAACAGUCAAAAAAUAUGAAUGAUCCAAUCGAGGAUCAUUUAAUAAAUAUGCCCAUCGAUGACGAGCAGCCUCGUUCACCUCCGCCAGAUGUGCCAUCGUUAAAUGUUGUCCCUCCUUCAGUGGUAUCGAUACCGGUAGACCAGGAAUUAAUUAUAAGUAAUCAAGAUGAACAGUCAACAAAUAUGAAUGAUCCAAUCGAGGAUCAUUCAAUAAAUGUGACCUUCGAUGACGAGCAGCCUCGUUCACCUCCGCCAGAUGUGCCAUCGUUAAAUGUUGUCCCUCCUGCAGUGGUAUCGAUACCGGUAGACCAGGAAUUAAUUAUAAGUAAUCAAGAUGAACAGUCAACAAAUAUGAAUGAUCCAAUCGAGGAUCAUUCAAUAAAUGUGCCCUUCGAUGACGAGCAGUCCCGUUCACCUGAGCCAGAUGUGCCAACGGUAAAGAUUUACCUUCCUUCAACAAGUAUGGUUGAUCUAACUGAAUAUAAUUAUCCAAUACUCUUGCUCUGUGAUGACGAGCACUUGUCAUCAUCUACGCCAAAUGCGUCAACGAAUAAUCUUUUUUCAAAAGUAUCAAUACCACUAAACCCGGGAUCAAUUAAAAGUAAUGAAGAUAAAUCUCCAACAAAUAUUAUAAAUUUAAUGGAAGAACAACCAUCAACUUCAUCAGUUGUGUCACCAGAAAAUUCAAAUUCCUGUCUUAUCGAUCAACUUGUAGCUAGACUACCACAUGGUAUUUCGGAUUUCAUCGAUGAACAAGCUGAAAAUUUGCCUACGAUUGGCGAGCUGACCCUUCCAUCUAUGCAAGAUGUACCAUCGGUAAAUGUUGACCCUCCUCCAGUAGUAUCGUCUCCUUCAGUAAACCAGGGAUUUCUUUCCCGUUACGCUCCUAACGACGUGGUGAUGGCGAGAAUGUCUGAUUCAAAUUUCUGGCCAGCGAAAAUUACACAAGUUCAGGAUGAUGUGAUGACUGUUGAAUUUUUUUCAUUAUUAGAUCAAAAAACUGAAGUCACAUCGGAAGAAGAUCUAAAAGAUUUCACGAAUGAUGUAUACGAAGAAGUUGCCGCCUCUUUGAGUUCUGAUACUUUAAGAGAAUCUCUCGAACUUGCAAUCGAAUCAGCGUAUGACUUUAAAUUUAGCUACUGACAUAUUUGUCUUCUAUCGAUACAUCUUAAUUGAUAGAAUUUUAUUUUUAAGUAGAAAAAAAUGUUUUUAUCGAACGGAGAAUCGAAUAUCGAAAAAGUCAUUCAAAUGUAUACUCUAAAUAACCAUGGCGUUUUCUUAUACCACAGUGAAAAACGUUUGACACAGGUGCGAAUUUGCACCGGAGCUGCCGCGCGCAUAGGACGAUCAUAAAAUUAUGUAAUAUAUGCGAUUGGUAUCCUGGAAAUCAUCGCAAGCAUCGUUGUGUUGCGAGGUUUGACGAAAUGUGAAGAAAAUACCCCAGAGAUAAA